AUGGUAAAGACUAUCGCUAAAAUAAACUGUCCGACACAAAAUGGGGUUUAUACACGUCUGUACUCCUCCGACACGCAGUCUAGGCCUUCGCCGCAAGAAAUUGAAGAUCGAGUGAUGAAAACGACCGAGAAACUUAGCUCUCGCAACUACAGCGGAGGUCCUCCACUCACUCUAGAGCUAAUUAAAAGUAGAGUACUGCUUGUACUCCAGCUUUAUGACAAAGUUGACCCUGAAAAGUUAACUGUAGACACCCAUUUCGUUAAUGAUUUGGGGCUGGAUUCCCUGGAUCUUGUUGAGUUAGUUAUGGCUAUGGAGGAUGAAUUUGGUUUUGAAAUUCCUGAUGAUGAUGCAGAGAGAUUACUGAGACCAAAGGACAUCAUACAAUAUGUAGCAGACAAAGAAGACAUUUAUGAA